UUCUAGACAUUCUAGACAUCAGUGAAGUUGUAAAGCAUCAUACAUGUCAUAUGAGUUAUAAUGAAUGCAAAGAUAAAACAGACAUGCCAGAAACUAUGGGGAGGUCGAUUUGAUGAAGAUGUUGACUCUGAUUUUCAUAAUUUAAAUUUAUCGAUCAACAUUGACAAGCGAAUGUAUGCUGAAGAUAUACAGUGGCAAAAUUACGCCUGGUAUAUAAAACAAGAUUUGGAAAGACUGUUAGAGGUACGUAAACAUGUAAACAUUUUACCGCUUGGUAGUGGUGCAAUAGCUGGAAAUCCUUUUCCGAUUGAUCGUCAGUUCUUGGCUAUGGAUCUUGGAUUCAAUGAUAUAACACAAAAUAGUAUGUAUGCUGUUGGGGAUCGAGACUUUGUUGCUGAAUUCUUAUUUUGGUCAUCAUUAUCAUCAGUGCAUUUGAGCCGUUUUUGUGAGGAUUUGAUUAUCUACAAUACCCAAGAGUUUAAUUUCGUCAAAUUUGCCGAUAAAUAUUCUACUGGUAGCAGUCUGAUGCCUCAGAAGCGUAAUCCAGAUUGUAUGGAAUUAAUACGUGGAAAAACUGGCACCAUAUUAGGAAAGUGUAUCGGCUUCAUGAUAACGUUGAAAGGAAUUCCAUCAACGUAUAAUAAGGAUCUUCAAGAAGAUAAAGAAGUACUGUUUCAUACAUAUGAUAUGUUAUACCAAAUAUAUCAUAUUAUCAAGAAAUCAUUAAAAACUUUGAAAAUAAAUAAAGAAACUUGCAAAAAUGCUUUAACAUCUGACAUGCUCGCAACUGACAUGGCAUAUUAUCUUGUUAGCAAAGGUAUUCCUUUCCGAGAAAGUCAUCAUCUUGUUGGAAAGGUUGUUGCUCUUGCUGAAUCAAAAGGAAUAUCCUUAUUAGAAUUAACAAUACAGGAAUUAAAAACAAUAAGUGAAGCAUUUGAAGAUAAUGUAUCAUGCAUUUGGGAUUUCAUCUGCAGCGUGGAUCAGUAUCAAACUACUGGUGGAACUGGUUUAAUGGCGGUACGACAGCAGAUUAAUAAUUUGAAAUCUUGGCUACACGAUUUUCCUUUUAAAAAAUAAUUA